UUACUUGAGAGUUGCUUAAGUACAUGUGGUAAUACGAGUCCACAUAAAUAGUGCUAAGAACUAAGAAAUAAAUCCUUGAAAAUGCUCAUAUAACUUAGUUUGGUGAAUCACAGCUAAAACUCAAGUAUACUCACUCUUGUUGCUCUUUAAAGCCAUGACUUGAGCAUAACUCCACCGUCUUUCUCUCCCCCACCAUUCUCUUCUCUUUUUAAUUCAAACACCACACAGCACAACACAUUGCACACACCUCUCUAUCUCUCUCUCUGUGUUUUUGAAUUUCAAACAAUGUCGUCUAGCAGCAGCCACAUUGGUAACGCCGGCGGUGAACACGACGGCAAAACCUUCUUCAAAGGCCGCCCCAAAAAGCCUCCUGCCGUCGUCGACGACGACUUCCUCACCCUCUUGCACGGUUCUGAUCCCGUCCGUGUCGAGCUCACUCGCCUCGAAAAUGAACUCCGAGAGAAAGACAGAGAGUUUGGGGAUGCUGUUGCGGAAAUCAAGUCCUUGAGGAACUCAGAGCGUCUUAAACAGAAGGCGGUUGAAGAGCUAACAGAUGAGCUGAACAAGGUAGAUGAGAAGCUAAAAGUAACCGAAGCUCUUCUCGAAAGUAAGAACCUUGAAAUAAAAAAAAUUAAUGAUGAGAAAAAGGAAGCAUUGGCUGCACAAUUUGCUGCAGAAGCUACACUUAGAAGGGUCCAUGCUGCUCAGAAAGACGAUGAAAUGCCUCCAAUUGAAGCUAUUAUCGCCCCCCUGGAGGCAGAGCUUAAGCUUGCUAGGAUGGAGGUGGAAAAGUUGCAAGAUGACAAUAGCGCACUGGAUCGGCUAACCAAAUCAAAGGAGGCUGCACUUCUUGAGGCUGAGAGAACUGUUCAAAUCGCUUUGGCGAAAGCAUCCCUGGUUGAUGAUCUGCAAAACAAAAAUCAAGAAUUAAUGAAACAGAUUGAAAUAUGCCAGGAGGAGAACAAAAUCGUGGACAAAAUGCAUCGCCUAAAGGUUACUGAAGUUGAAAAGCUAACCCAAACUGUUCGUGAACUUGAAGAGGCUGUCUUGGCAGGUGGUGCUGCUGCUAAUGCUGUCCGUGAUUACCAGCGCCAAGUGCAAGAGAUGAAUGAGGAAAGGAAAGUUUUGGAGCGGGAAGUAGCUCGUGCUAAAGUUACUGCAAACAGGGUUGCCACUGUAGUUGCGAAUGAGUGGAAAGAUGCUAACGACAAAGUGAUGCCUGUAAAGCAUUGGCUAGAAGAAAGAAAAGUUUUCCAGGGUGAAAUGCAACAACUACGAGAUAAAUUGACUGUAGCUGAGCGCACUGCAAAAGCAGAAGCACAAAUGAAGGAAAAAUAUCAAUUGCGAUUCAAAGUUUUGGAAGAAAGGAUUAAGGCAUCUAAUGGUAAUUCCAAAAUCACUGCACCAGAUGGAAGGAACAUUUCUAGACCUUCACGUCGUCAAUCUUUUGGUGGAGCUGAUAGUCUUUCGACAUUCUCCUCCAAUGGAUGUCUAUCAAGGAAAAACUUGAGUUUAAAAUCAGGGUCUCUAAGAUCAAACAGUGGUAAUAUGUUACUAAAGAAUGGAAAAUUUUCAGAAGCAAAUGGGCUAGGUCAUGGCAUGCCAACCAACACGAAUGAUCAUACCAUCACUAGUGAAACAAAUACUACACAUGAAGAGAGUGAAAAUAGUACUCUAAUUGAAAAAUCUAAACCAGAACAUGAAGACUUUGUUUCAGGAAUGCUUUAUGACAUGUUGCAAAAAGAGGUUAUAUCUCUGAGGAAAGCUUGUCAUGACAAGGAUCAGAAUCUUAAAAACAAGGAGGAUUCAAUAGAGAUGUUGGCGAAGAAGGUUGACACAUUGAAUAAAACUAUGGAAGUUGAAGCCAAAAGAAUGCGUAGGGAAGUAGCUUCCAUGGAAAAGGAGGUUGCUGCUCUGCGGGUUAGUAAGGAUGACCAUAGGAUACGGCGAACCAGUGCUCCUAGGGCGGCUGUAAAUUCCCAGUCAAUUUCUGCCAGGAGUGCACGUAACUUUUAGGCAAAUUCACUUGCCUCUGCCUGAUCACAUGCAAGUAUGACCAGACAGAAAUGUAUCUCUUUAUAUUCUUCCCUCCUGUGCUGAAUAGAGUUGUUGAUUUAUCAUUCUUUAUUCUCUUUUCUCUAUCUCCUCUAUCUAGGCGCUCUGUAUAGCUGUCUCGCCAGGGGUAGUGGAUGAAGGGACCUGGUGUUUUGCUGGGAAUCCAUGUCUAGUACAUAUUUCAUUGUAUACUAUACUCAGAAAGAAGAAUUAUGAUUAAUGGUUGCGCAUGAUUUGUGGAAAUAUCUGAUAUGGCUGUCUCUAAUAAGUUCUUUUGAUUGAUUCA